GGGCCCCAUGUGGUUCUGCAUGUCUCUGCGUAGCGUGGUGACCAGGUGGUUGAAGGUGUGCUUGGCAGCUUGGUCCCCAUGGCCUGCCAUCCAGAGCCAGCCAUGGCAAGCCACGAUAUGCAUGCGUUGCCCGUUCAAUCGCUCGACAGCUGCUUGCACCCAUGUCAUCCAUCUCGAAGCUGCCCCCCUCUCGACGCGGAAGUGUCCAUUCCUAUUCUAUUCUCGGGUGGGGUCCAACAGUGAGUGCGACCGCCUUUGGCGGCCCAUUCUCAUUGGAGCCUGUAAGCGCAGGUCAAAGUCUCACGCACUUGAUGUGAAGGCGGCCGGCCGGCCUGCCUUGUGCCCUAGCCUACGUUAGUCUGGAAUGCAGAGCAGACACACACACACACACACACACUCGCUCACUCACUCACUGCUC